AUGGCUGAGGUACUCGCGCCCAUAACCCAGCCGAACUCCUCUAUCGCUAUGCUACACUCCUCGUCCUCGGGCGACGCGCAGUCACACCAUCAGUCGUCGUCGUCCCGGUCCUCCAACAUGCCUCGCACCCAGUACUACAACACCUCCGGCGGCGGCAUAGGGUACAGAGGCUCCUCGGCCACGCCUGUCCAGACAUAUGCCUUCCAGCAGACGCCCCAGCUGCGCCAGGAGAACCGCUCGACCUCUGCUCCUGUGAACCCCUACUCGCAGGCCCAGGCCUUCUCGCCCACCCUUGCCCCGACCAAGCAGGGCCACGCAACCCACCCCUCGUCGUCCUCGGGCUCGACCGCCUCUUCGUCCUCCUCCAACCAAUCGUCCACACGCCAGCGCUCUGGCUCGAAAGACGACUCCUCGCUGUCGCACCAGCGAACCAAGUCGGCCAGCUCCAGCACCGACUCGUCGCGGCAACUGUCGGCCAUCAACCUGUCGACGUCGGUCCCGGACCUGACGCUCACUUCCUUCGACGCCCCCGCCAAAACCUCCCCCGACCGAUACCGUCGCUCUCGCAAUACCUCCGGACCGAGCAGCCCGUCAUUGCCUCAAGAGUCCAAGUCGGCCGCCCCGUCAGGCUCCGGCAUGGCAGGCGUCGCUCACCUCUACAAGAGCAACGCUCCAAACCCUCGUCCGGGUCACAACAGGACGUCCAGCAUGGAUGAUAGCGUAUUACCCAGGUCAAACUCGGAACAGGCAAAGAGAUAUAGAAGGAGAAGUUUGAACAAUUUCGAGGGUGUCACAAUCCAGCAAGGGACCCCGUCUUGGGCUCCUCCGCAACAACGCCAGGACGCUAAGCUCGGCGCUCACAAGAACAACAGUGGGGAGAGCAUCUCCUCGGCGAGCAACUCGACGAGACCUUCUUCCUCGAAGCGCGACAAUGCACAAAAUUCUGCUCGCCCAGCUUCUCCCAAAGUUGGACAGGAUUCUCGCUCACCAAACGUACCCGCCCGUGGCUCUUCUACGGACGCAACCAAGCGUGUAGCAAAUCCGUCACCUCUCUCGAAAACCGCCUCCGACGCCGAACCUCCACGCAGCUCUGGUAAAGCGUCUGUUACCGACGCUACUGCGGGAGCCAACAGCCCUGCUGCUCAACAUCUCGCAGCUCUGAACGAGAAAGAGAAGGGCGUCAAGUCACGCCUGAGGAGGGCAUUCUCUUUCGGCAGCGCGGCUGAGCUUCGUAAGGCCUCCGCAGAGAAUGCCUCGUCGGCACGGAUGCACCAAAAGGGUCAACAGCAGGAAGAGAUUGAUCCGGAAGAUGCAGCCAUUGCCGCGAAGCAGGAAGCUGCUGGUAUUGGCAACAGCAUCUACUCUGGUCAGGGAGGUGUCUUCUCGAGUUCUACCGACAACUUGUCUAUCUCAUCCACUGCAUCUUCUGCAUCGGUAAUGCUCCGGAAGAUGGGCAAGGGCAUGAAGAAGGGUGGUCGCUCGUUGAAGGGAUUGUUCAGGCCGAAAUCCGUCAUCGGUGUUCCUGCCGCGGAUUCGGCUGUUCAAGCCUCUGUGGGCCAGGUGUCGAUGGUUAAUGUGGAGGCUGAGAGGGAGAAGGUGAAUGUUAAUGCAAGCGCGGCGGAGCAGGCGGGUGGUGGCACUGGCUACCCUAGACUUGAGCGUAACUCGCUCGAGGUCUCUUCAGUGUCCGAGCGGCCCUCAUCGGUCAAUGGUGCCGGUGACUCGAGAAGAAGCAUUAUGGGUGGCGAGAGGGAGCGUGCUGAGGUUUUGGCUGCUGUCAGAAAGGGAAUCUUGAAGAGAACCGGUACAGACAGCCCUUCGCCUCAGGUUCGCCCUGCGGAUGGCGCUCCCGGCUUUACGCACAACCACGACACACCAAACUCCAGUGCACCCAGCACGCCCGGUGACGACAACAGGCCCGGUAACCUGCCUCUGUCAGGCGACGACUACUUCGUGGGCGCCUCUCGUCUUGCGGCCGGGAGCUCCCGGAGCCUUCCCAACACGCCCCACGGUGGCCCUCGCAACAUCAGCUUCAGCCCUCGCAUUCAAUUCCACGAUGCCUGGUCCAGUUCCGAGUAUGACAGGCGGGGAGACAUUGCGACUUGCAACCGUCUCACGCCGCUGCUCGCUCAACAGAUCAAGGAGGAACUCAACACUUUCAAGAUGGAAAUGGAAGUUCAUGAGAUGUCGAAGCCUCACACACAUUUCUUCUAA